GUAGAAACUGUAGCUUAUUACAGGAAAUGGAUGUCAUCCAGAAACAGGAUGAAGACUGUUACUGCUAUAUUCAAAACAGAACCUUUCACUUACAGUACCUUUGGUCAACUCUUCAGGUAAAAGUUAACAGCAGAGAAAAGUUCAGGUUUGAGCCCCUUUCAGAAAAAAGGAACUGUCAGAAUUCAGAAACUGUGUUUGAGUUUGCUGCAUGUGCUGUUCAAAUCCUCUGGAAGCCAGAGACAUGUACAGAAACUUCAGUGAGCAUAAAACAAUAUGGAGAGGAUAUAUGUUUCAAAAUACAAACCUUCAAAACUGAACCAUACACUGUGAGGGUGAAACGAGAAAUGCUAGAUGGAAAGCUCUUGUUUUUGUUUGUAGCUGGAAUUUUUCUGUUUCAUUUUGCAAACAGCCUGAGCAGGAGUGCCAAGUUCUUUUACCUUUCUGGAGUAAUUCUGAGUGUUAUUGCACUGCUAGUCUUUGUCCUGUUGACACUUAAAAGGUUUAUUCCAAGGCACAGUACCUUCUGGAUCUUAAUGAGUGGCUGCUGCAUGGCCUCUUUCUAUUUGAUUUACUGCUUCAAAGAGAAUAUGCAGUGGUUGUGGUCUGAACACAGAAACUACCUGUUGGGGUAUUUCCUGUCUGUUGGGAUUACCAGCUUUGCCACUUGCUAUCAGCAUGGGCCACUUACCACUGAACUCAGCAUAACCUUGUUCACGUGGAUGCUACAAUUAACAGCCUUUGUCUUGAUUUACUGUGGUGUCACCAUACCUCAAGUUGCAUAUGCAGUGAUAGCAGUCAGUCUCUGCUCCAAAGGCCUGUGUUACCCCCUUGGUGCUGCUUGUCUCAUUGGCAGAAAAAUGAAGAAUCACUUUAAAUUCAAAAAGGUAGAGUUUAAAUACCUUACUGAAGAGGAGUAUCGAGAACAAGGUGAAACUGAAACUGUGAGAGCCCUGGAGGAGCUGCGCUCCUUCUGCAGGAGCCCUGACUUCCCAUCAUGGAUAACUGUAUCCAAACUGCAGUCCCCACACAGGUUUGCAAGCUUUGUUCUGGGAACUCCCCAUAUCUCAUCUGCAGAAACAAAGGCACACGAUGAGGAAUAUGGCAUUGGGAGCUCCUUCCUGGAAGAGCAGCUCUUCGAGACAGGAGCACAGUCUGAGCAAGAUGAUGUAGCCAAUGACGAGGAGGAGGAGGAUGAAGAUGAAACACAUACACACAUUCCUUUCCCAUAUGCUGCUGAGUUGCUCUGA